AUGUUAUCUUCAGAAUCGGACGAUGCAGCUUGUGCUUCAACCGAAGGUAGUGGUGCCGCAGCCGCUUUGGAGAAACGUAUCGAGCAGAUGCCACUCGAGCAAUUGAACAACUACCAAGACGAGAUUGCAGCUGAGUUUAAAAAGCUCUCAAGACAAUAUGUCGAGUCCCGGUUGUCACGCAUUACCAGCAUGAUUGACAAAUUGGGCGAGCUGAUUGAACUAGCACAGGGUAACAACAAGAGCUGGCUCAAGAUCUAUAAUUUCGAAGUUGAAAUCAUAAAUAACAUGAUUACCAACACUGAGGAUUUGAUCAUGGUCAGUAAUGGCACCAUGCCUUCCAAGCCUGACCUUGUGAAAAACUUGGACGAAUAUGAAGAAGAGUUGAAGGAGAUUUUCCGAAGUAUGAGACUGCCAUUUGAUUUUGAUGCUACGUUCAAGUAUGAGACGAAAGAGUUGCAGGAUGACGACAAUCAGCAAAAGGCUGAUUGUGGUGCAGCAAGUGCAACAAGCGCAACAAGCGCAACAAGCGCAAACAAGUUGUCAAAUCUACCAUUCCCGUACCUCUUCAAUGACAUUUUCCAACCGCAUAGAACCAACUUGAAAUGUAUAACGAAAUCAAAAGAUUACCAGACAGAGCUCAUCAAGAGAACUUGUUGCAGUAAUGCAACCAUCACCUGGAAGCAGUACCACAGUAAAGUCGCGGCGAAAAAGCAAAAACUCAUUCUUAAAACAAAUCACCAAUUAAAUGAGCUUUACAAGGAGUAUAACCAACUAAAUCAACUGCAUCUUCAAGAGACAAUGGAUCGAUACUACUAUAACUCGUUGCUUACCCCGGAGCGCAUAGCAUCGCUUGCAAAUGAUGGCGUCAAGGGCAACAACGGUGACGUUGCUGCAAUGUUGAGGAGGAAUCAUGAUUCCACCUAUGUCACCAAGGGAAGCCGGUUGCUACCCAAGAACGAGCAUGAGUUAUCCUCGAUACGGCAAGAAUUGCACGCAAACGGUAAGCGCGCUGAACAGGUUCGUGCUGGAAUCAAGAGAAGUUAUAACGAAGCAUUUAUACCGCCUGAUUUGGUGAAUUAUGCAAACGAUGGUGAUGGUGAUGAAUUGGAUGGCGACUUGAAUGCCAUCAAACGUGCCGUGCUCGAAAAGACUGGAGUCAUGGGAGUCGCCUCAGAAAGUAAUACAAAUAAGCUAUCUGAGGCUCCAUUACCAGUGAAGAAGGAGAAAAAAAAUGACCAUGAGCUUACGAAAGACAAUGUAGUAGUAGUAGAUGGAGAAGAAGAAGGUGAAGUAGAUGAUGAUGUCGAUGACAAAGAAGAGGAAGAAGAAGAAGAAGAAGAAUAUGAUGACGAUGAUGAUGAUGAUGACGAGGACGACAGCGACGAUGAAGACCGGUAUGAGUCCUAUGAAGAAGUUUACGACGUUGAAGAAGAUAUGACCCCCGCCGAGAAGGAAAGCAGACAAAUGUACAAGAAUGUAUUGUUCCAGGAGCAACUCGUUUCAAUAAUGCCCUUUCCCAGCGUGCCUCCUUUGAACGUGUUUCCCAAAAUUGAUCGAUAA